GUCUCUCUCUCUCUGUUGCGCUCUCAAAACCCUAACCCUCGGAAACUACCGGUCGAUCCGCCAUUUCCGAUCGGGGUUCUAGCUCCGGACGGUGGUUCUUGAGUGAGAUCGUCGACUCGGUUCGUCGAUCCGGAUGUGUACCGGCAUUGGCGGUGGAUCAAUUCGCGGUUCAUGGUCUCUGGUGAUUUGAGUACAAGAAUGAGUACGGUAAUGGAAUGUAUAAAGGCGAGCUUGGUGGCUCAUAUCACUGCUGCAUUCCAUUUUGAUAUGUCUCUGAUCUUGAGGUCAAGGUAGAGUUCUCAGGUCUGAUUGAGCCAUGAAUCACCUAGAAAUGGGUUCAUCAGGUGGUACUUCUGAGAUUGUUGAAUCAGUUGAAGAGUCGAACUUGGAUAAUUACUACGGUGGUUCUAAGAUGCUACGGAUUAAGCUCAAAACAAAUGUACAAGACGGGAAGUGUCAUGAUGUUGAAGAUGAUCUUGGUAAACUUUUGAGAACAAUUGAUCUCCGGACCUCAUCUGGGGCGCUUGGUCCUAUGAGUAAGCCAGAUGUUGACUUGUUGCAGAAGAAUGCUUUGAAGAAGCCCAUCAAGGUUGGAGCAUCUCGACCAUCAGGAAUAGGAAUAUCAGAAUCCGUCACCUUAAAACAGGCUUUGAGAAGAUUAUGCAUUUCCCAGGCAUCGGAGAUGGCUGCCAUGAAGAGGCUAUCAAAGCCAAUUAGCUUAUCUGGGACUUCUGAAGCUGGAACGAUCAAGAAGCUUUAUGCAUCUGUGGUGGUUCAAUCGAGUGACUCUUGUCUUCCUAUAAAUGGAGGACAGAGAAAUUUGGUCGAAAUAUCCAUCAUGCCUGAAAGGGUCACAGCAGUUCCAUCAAAAAAGGCAACCGUACCUGGUCAAGUGCAAAAUUCUGAAUCAAGUGAUAAUAAUGCUGUUUCAUCUCCUAUAUCUUCAGUUCUCAAUAGACGUAAGGUAACUAAGAUCAGAAUCCAAGAUGUAAUUAAUCCAACGUCAGAGGACUCCUUUGAAAGUCAAUCAGCUGCAGUAGAGACCGAAAAGAAGGGAAAAUCAGUUUCAAAAGCAUCCACAUCAAGCUCACAGGCAGUUGCUGCAUCAAGCAAGGGUAUGGUAAGUCAGCAUUUAACCAAGCCAGUACACAGGAACAAGGCCAUUAGAAAGAAAGGAAAGCCUGAGCCAGCUUCAGCACCCGAUGUUUCCACCAAGCAUAGUGAGGUGAAUAUAGGUGGUGUUACAGUGCCUACAACCAAACCAUGUUGUCCUAAGGAACCUGUCACUCCUGCAUGUAUUACACCCACGACCAAAUUAUGUCGUCUUAAGGAACCUUCCGCUGCUGCAUGUAUUACGGCUACAACCAAAUCAUGUCGUCCUAAGGAACCUACCACUCCUGCAUGUACUAUUCCUACAACCAAAACUCGUCGUCCUAAGGCACCUGCCACUCCUGCAACCAGCACUUUGAAUCCUGCUGCUGUGAUUGGUAAGGAGCGCAUUGAUACCGGUGCAAACAAAACUCUUUCCAGCCCAAAUAUCCAUGGCAGUAGUAGAGCUAUCGGUGUAAAAUCAAGUGAAUUCUCUAGAUCAAGAGAAAAAGGGGAGUGCUCUCACAGCUCGAAAAGCAGCAUUGGGGAUUAUAGUAGCAGCACUAGCAUCAGUGAGGAGAGCCAUCAGAGCGGUGCUAGUUCAAAAGGUUGUAGACCUCACAUGUCAAAGGAUCUAAGAUGGGUGGCCAUCCAUCAAAUCCUAAUCCAACAAGGAAGUUUAGGUCUAAAGAAUUUUAGGCUCCUCAAACGACUUGGUUGUGGAGAUAUUGGAACUGUUUAUCUUGCUGAGCUGGCUGGUUUCGAAUGCUUAUUUGCAUUGAAGAUCAUGGAUGUUGAAUUCCUGGUUAGCAGGAAGAAGAUGCUGAGAGCACAAACCGAAAGAGAGAUAUUGCAAAUGCUGGAUCAUCCAUUCCUUCCUACCCUCUAUGCUCAUUUUACGACAGAGAACCUCUCAUGUUUAGUUAUGGAGUUUUGCCCCGGAGGUGACCUGCAUGUCCUUCGACAGAGGCAACCUUGUAGGAGUUUCACCGAGUCUGCUGCUAGGUUUUAUGUCGCGGAAAUCCUACUUGCUUUGGAGUACCUACACAUGUUGGGUGUGAUCUAUCGUGAUCUAAAACCAGAAAACAUUCUGGUUCGUGAAGAUGGUCAUAUCAUGCUCUCCGAUUUUGACUUGUCUCUCCGAUGCUCAGUAAGCCCGACCCUUGUCAGAUCCUCCUCAUUAGGCACACAGGAGUCUGCAAAGAAGCUCUCAGGACCCUGUGCUGAAAAUAGCUGCAUUGACCCUCUUUGUCUUCGACCAUCUUGGGUUCAAGUUUCUUGCUUCACACCCCGUUUGCUAUCCUCCACACAAGAGAAAACACGGAAGGAAGUAGGUGGACAGGUAAGACCACUUCCGCAACUUGUGGUGGAGCCGACUGAUGCACGUUCCAACUCCUUUGUUGGGACCCAUGAAUACCUAGCACCAGAGAUCAUUAGAGGAGAUGGACAUGGAAGUGCCGUGGAUUGGUGGACCUUUGGGAUCUUAUUGUACGAAUUACUUUUUGGUAGAACACCCUUCAGAGGACCUGGAAACGAGGAAACAUUGGCCAAUGUGGUUUCUCAGAGCUUGAAGUUCCCUGAGAACCCAUCCGUUAGCUUUCAUGCAAAGGAUUUGAUCAGAGGGCUUCUGGUAAAGGAGCCGGAAAAUAGAUUGGGAUCGGUCAAAGGUGCCGCCGAGAUCAAGCAGCACACAUUCUUUGAUGGAUUAAAUUGGGCCCUGAUCCGAUGUGCAGCACCACCCGAGACACCAAGAAGCCAUGAGAUUGGGACGCCCCUGAUGUUGCAUAAGAAAAAAGAAGGUAAGUGUCUUGAUUUCAGGGCGAACGGAGAGGACGCGGAAUUCGAGCUCUUCUAGCAAAAAAAAAAAAAAACUUGCUAGACUCCGGUGGAAGAGUGUAGUGUACUACUUCACUUGGUGGCAGUUGCCCAUCUUAAUUCCCUACCCUACCUGUUGUUGUGACUAUCUCUAUCUAUUGAAGUAAAAUGUAGGUGUAAUACGCCCGCCCCUGUUGGUAACAUGAAUAUGAUGGGUUGGUUCCACAUAA